AGCCGCCGUGUUGGCUGAAUCAGCUGCCAUGUCAGCUUUGCCGGUUCCUUGCCAAUGGUCACAUUGUAGGCUCCCCAUACCCUUGGCUUCGAGCCGCAAUCGAUCAAGACCGCUUAGCCAUGUGAAGCGCAUUGCGCAUAUAGCGAGAUCUUCAACAGAUCGCCAGUGGAGAUUGUGGAUGGCCUGCGCCGCUGCAGUGCCAGGGAGUUUCCAGUACGGCUUUGGUUUGAGCUCAAUCAACGUGCCACAAGCUGGGAUUUGCAGAUCCCUGCAUUUGGCACCAACUUCCUUUACGUGGUCUGCAUUGGUUGCAAUUUUAUCUCCUUCAGGCUUGCUAGGUGCUUGGUUGGCACCUGUGGCCGUGUCCCGUUUGGGACUCUUGAGAUGUUUACGAAGUACGUCAUUCUUUUUCAUCAUCUCUGGGCUUAUCUUCCCUUUGGCCCACCACGUGUCCGUGUCCGCUUCGACAGCGACCGUUCCACUGUGGCUUUUCGCCUUGGGCCGUGUGGUGGGUGGCUUCGGCGCUGGUGCUGCCACGGUUUUCGUGCCACUCUACCUGGGGCAGCUGGCACCUUUGCACCUCAGAGGGGCCAUCGGCAACCUCCAUCAGGUUGCCAUUGUCCUGGGGCUGUUGGUGGCACAGCUGGCAGGUGCCUUCCUCCCAUGGCCACAAGCACUACAGAUGGCUGCCGUGUUUGGAAUGAUGCAGCUGUGCCUGAUACCUUUUCUCAGACCAGUUCCUGACGCUGUCAAAAAGCAGGAGACGGAGCAAAAAGGCUUUGGAGCUCUUAUCAGAGAUCCGCAAGUACGGCGACCACUCUGCAUGGCAGUAAGCCUCAUGGCUUUGCAACAGUACUGUGGCAUCAAUGGAGUGUGGUACUACAGCACGGAGUUUUUCACCGAAGUGGGCCUGCCCCAUCCACUAGCAGGCACUCUUAUCUCUGCAGUGAUCUUCAUGGUUGCAACGCUGGCAGCUGUGCCACUCAUCGAAAAGGCAGGCCGUCGCAGUUUGCUUCUUCGUGGGCAAUUGGGAGCAGCUUUCUCGUUGAUGUUUCUCACAUCCUCCUUGAUUGCCAAGUCGGUUGCCUGUCGUGUGAGGGCAGAUCAACAGCACAAUGUGGACAACACAACUCGCGCUGGCAGCGGUGAUCAGCUUCGUGGUAUCGUUUGCCAUCAGUCAGAGCCUUGGGG